AAAUUAUCAAGUAUGUAGGAGAAACCAAAUAUAGUAAGUUUUGGGGGGCUAAAAGUAAAAUUUGGGGCUCUAUUUAAUGGGGCCAUACAUAAUCAACUUGUUGUUUCUGAUUCCCAAUUCUUAGCUCCAUCCAUCCUAGGGUUUGCUUUGUCAAUCAAUUCGCUGUCAUGUUGUCAACGCCAACGCCACCACAUCCGCCGUCACGGGAACCACCGUCACCUUCACCGGAGUCGGAGCCGUCGUUGAAGAAACAAAAGGUUAAUGAGGAGGAAUCGGAUUCGGAUUCGGAUUCGGAUGAUCGAGGAUCGAGCAAAUUCGGUGAAUUGGAAACUUUGUGGGAUGCGGUGUUGAAGCUGCCCAGUGAAGGCAUUACAACAUAUGACCAUAACAACGUCUAUGAUGGGGUAAAAGAAAUGUAUACCCCUAUUUUUCCUGGUGAGCACGUUUCGGAUGAAGAUAUCUGGCACAACUAUCUCUGAUAGAUCAAGGAAAGUGAUGGAUUUGACAUUACAGACUUUCCUGGUUGUGGUCCACUGGCUACCAUAUAACCCAUGACACCCUCCGAAGAAACAAAGGAUUUUGCUGAACAGGCACUUGAGCUCUACAAUGAGGAUAAUGGUACUAAAUAUAAGGUCAAUGAGAUUCUCAAGGUUAACAGAUUUUGCACCGAAUACUUCCAUUUCUAUAUUACCUUUACGGUUACGAAUGGCGAGAAGGAAUAUUUUCAAGCUGAAGUGUUGAAAGAUGUAGAUGGAUCUCUGGAGUGCGAAAUCAUUAGGCCAAGGGAGAAGGGAGCUUUGGGCAUAUAGUGGAUGUGAUGAUGUCUGUGCAUUGUUUUGCUGCCUCGGGUUCAAGCUGCUUUAUCUUUGUGUUAACAAACUCUUGUCAAUUAGUUUUGGAAGUGGAUUAUCCAAGUCUAGUCUAGUCUAGUGUAAAAAGGAGAUCAAAAAACAACUGGUGACCUUUGCUAUGAUGUAUUAUGGAGGAUUGUAGUGUUUCACUAUUAUAUAUCUUGUUGUUUGGUUGAAGCUUAAAGGAGAUAUUUGUAUUCCUUGCAUUGGUUGAUUCAUUGAGACGAGAUAGGUUGUUGCGAUAUGUUUAAAGAUAGACGUGCCAAAAUUUGGAAAGAGACUUGACCUCGUAGAUAUUAAUAGAGUAGAGCUAUGGUGUUUGGACUCUCAAAAUACGACUCUUAAUGCAUGCGUGUUGAGGAUCCGAAAAGUCUCAAAUAAGUAGAGCAGAGUACCAUGAAUGAUGCUGCGUCUGAUAGACAUAGUUUUAAUUUAAUGUAUCAUUCAAGAAAUAUAUAGUUCGACAUAAUUAAGCCUAUGGUAAGUUGAAACCAUAAGAAAAAAAAAGCCAAAAAAUGAAUUGUUGUGCAAUGAACAACAUAUAGUUACCAAGCUAGUAGCCGUAGGGGUGUUCAUGAGUCCCAAAUCAACUUUUCAUCAGUUUUUAACGUUCUAAAAUCAAAUCAAACCAACACAAAUAAAAAUAACAACCUUCGGUCUUUUCGGUUCUAUAAUUUUAGCUAAUUAAAUUUUUAAAUUUCCAAGGCAAAGUGCUCUCUAACAAACAAAAGUUCCAAAUGCGUCCUUGCUUCGAUUAAAUUUGAGUGGGCCUUGGAAAAUUUUCGAGGCAUGUUGCUAUCUAACAACCAAAAAGGUCUACUUUUAUAUGUAGGACUUUGAAUUCGAGAUCUCUAAAGCUAGUUUAUAUUUUGAAUUAGCCAAUUGAUGUAAUGUGUCAAGGCUUGAGAUGUUGAAAGUGUUUGUAGGUCCAGUAAAGCUCAGACAUUUUUUCAGUUUCUACAAAUCAGGUUAUAAACCGAUAAAGCAUUAUUCUUUACUUGGCAGAGUAGAUUACACAUGUAACCAAGAUGUUUUCAGGUCAAAUAGGAUUAUUUCCAAGCUAAGCAAUGAGGGUCAGGUUGAUGAAGCAAGGAACCUGUUUGACAAAAUGCCUGAACCAGAUGUUGUGUCAUGGACAGCGAUGAUUGCGGGUUACAUAAAAUGUGGCAAGAUUGAUAAAGCAAGGGAAUUGUUUGACAGGACUGAUGCAAAGAGAGAUGUUGUUACUUGGACAGCUAUGCUUGCUGCGUACGCCAAGGCGAAUCGGAUUCUCGAGGCUGAGAUGCUUUUCGAUGAAAUGCCUGAGAAGAAUGUGGUUUCAUGGAAUAGUUUGAUUGAUGGGUAUGCGAAAAAUGAUAGAAUUGAUAAGGGUUUGGAAUUGUUUUGGAAGAUGGGGGAGAGGAAUGUGGUUUCUUGGAACAUAGUUAUAGCAGGAUUGGCUCGGAAUGGGCGAAUCAACGAGGCAAGAUUGCUUUUUAAUAAGAUGCCUGAGAAGAGCGUGGUGUCUUGGACUACAAUGAUAGCAGGGUUGUCGAGAUAUGGGAAAGUUGACGAGGCAAGAAAACUUUUCGACAGGACUCCUGAGCGGAAUGUGGUUUCCUGGAAUGCUAUGAUUACUGGGUAUACGCAAAACUCGAGACUUGAUGAAGCGUUUGAACUGUUUGAGAUGAUGCCAGAAAAGACUGUGUCUUCGUGGAACACAAUGAUCAUGGGAUUCAUUCAAAAUGGGGAACUUAGCAGAGCUAGAAUAUUGUUUGAUAAAAUGAGGCAGAGAGAUGUGGUUUCUUGGUCAACAAUGAUUAAUGGCUACGUGCUUGAGGGGAAAAGUGAAGAAGCGCUAAGAAAUUUCUGUGACAUGCAAGUGGAUGGUUGGGUGAAACCAAACGAAGGGACUUUUGUGAGUGUUUUGGGUGCUUGCAGUGACUUAGCCGGUCUUAGUGAGGGAAUGCAAAUUCACCAAAUGAUUAACAAAACAGUAUAUCAGGAGAAUGAAGUGGUCAUAUCAGCACUUAUAAACAUGUAUUCAAAAUGUGGAGAUGUAGCAACUGCAAGGAAAAUAUUUGAUGAUGGCUUAAGAGGCCAGAGAGAUUUGAUCUCUUGGAAUGUUAUGAUUGCAGCAUAUGCUCACCAUGGGUUUGGAAGAGAUGCAAUCAAUCUCUUCAAAGAAAUGCGACAAUUGGGAUUCAAACCAAACGAUGUGACUUACGUGGGAUUGCUUGCUGCCUGCAGCCACUCAGGUUUGGUGGAGGAGGGGUUAAAGUACUUCAAUGAGCUUUGUAGAGAGGAUUCCGUAAAAUUGAGAGAAGACCAUUAUACCUGCCUUGUAGAUCUCUGCGGUCGAGCAGGAAGACUCAAAGAGGCCUCGGAUAUUAUUGAACGGCUUCCAAGAACAGAAUCAGCAUUCAUUUGGGGAGCCCUUCUUUCGGGUUGUAAUCUUCAUGGAGAUUCAGAAACAGCAAAAUUGGCUGCAAUUAAACUCUUAGGGAUUGAAGCAAAAAGUUCAGGAACCUAUUUGUCAUUGUCAAAAUUGUGUGCUUCGAAUGGAAAAUGGAAAGAAGCUGCAAAGCUGAGGACACAAAUGAAAGACAGAGGGUUGAAGAAGCAACCAGGUUGUAGCUGGAUAGAAGUUGGGAACAGAGUUCAUGUAUUUUUAGUUGGUGAUACAUCUCAUUAUGAAACUGAGGUUAUUCACACAUUACUUGGAAACCUUCAUGUGAAAAUGAAAAGGAUUGGCUGUCCAACAAUAGAUGAUUCUUCAGAGAGUAGUGAUGCCACCAAUGACAAGGAACAGAUCAUACAAUAAUACUCCACAACCACAUGCUAUUGAAUAUUAUGCUCAAAGAGCCACUAAGGGGGGCUUCCUCAUUUCUGAAUCAACUAGUGCUUCUGACAUCUCCAAUGGGUCCCCUAAUAUGCCUGGAAUUUGGACAGAAGAUCAAAAAGAGGCUUGGAAGCCCAUUGUUGACUCUGUUCAUGGCAAAGGUGGUGUCUUUUUUUGUCAGCUUUGACAUCCAGGGCGACUAUGUGAUUCAAGUCUCAACAAUUUUCUUAUAGCUUGGAAAGCAGUACCUGACGAUGGUGAGUACUUCCGACCAACACCAAAGCAACUAAAAGCUAAUGAACUCCCUCUCAUUGUCAAUGAUUUUAGAAUUGCAGCUUACAAUGCCAUUGAAGCUGGAUUUGAUGGAGUGGAGAUCAAUUCUGCAAACAGCUACAUAAUCGAUCAAUUCUUGAACGAUCAAGUCAACGAUAGGACUGAGGAAUAUGGUGGAAGCAUUGAGAACCGUUGUAGACUUGCUCUCGAAAUUAUAGGAGCAGUUGUGGAAGAAAUCGGAGCGGACAGAGUUGGUGUAAAACUCUCUCUUUUCUCCGAAGUGUACGGGGAAAAGGACUCGAACCCAGAAGCAUUGUCGACUUAUUUGGCUAGUGAACUGACUAAGCUGGGAGUUUUAUAUCUACAUGUUUUCGAGCCAAGGGACGAACCUCGCUGUCUCAAAUCAAUUAGAAUGGCUUUUGGAGGGACACUUAUUGCUUCUGGUGGCUACAAUAAAACUGAGGGAGAUGAAGUUAUAGCUGAAAGUUAUGCUAAUUUGGUCUCGUUUGGACGUUUGUUUUUGGCAAAUCCUGAUUUGCCUAAACGUUUUGAAGUGAAUGCACCAUUGAACAAGCAUGAUAGGAGCACUUUCUAUUGGACUGAUCCAGUUUUGGGCUAUACUGAUUAUCCAUCUCUUGAAAUUGCUUGUAAGGUUAUUAUAUCUUGGAAAACUUACUUCAUGUGAUGUAUUCAAAAUGUCGACGGUUGCAUGUAGAAUCCUUCAAAAGUAAUGUAUUUUUGAAGGAUCCGAGACUAAUAAUAUGCCAAAUUAUGAUGUAAACUCAUAUUUGCCUA